AUGGUUGCCCACAGCAUGAAGAACAACAGUGCUCCUUUUGUUCUCCCUACCUUACUGCUGCUGCUGCAGAACACCAGCUACCCUAAAACCUCCAUCCCUCCUGUUGGCUAUGCAACAAUGGAGUCACCCAUAGAAGCCAGCUCAAACAGGAACCACACUGUCUUGCGGUAUGAUCUGAGGCUGGAGGAAAUUGCAGCAGCCAGCGUGGUGUUGGCAGCAUUGUGGCUGGCUUCCGUCUUCGGAAAUUCCCUCGUUUGCUUAGUGAUCCACAGGAGCAGGAGGACACAAUCCACCACCAACUAUUUUGUCAUCUCCAUGGCUUGUGCAGACCUUCUCCUCAGUGUUGCAGGCAUGCCCUUUGUGCUGCUCCAACUCACCUAUGGCAGGUGGAUGCUGGGGAAUGGGAUGUGCAAGCUGGUAAGGUACAUUCAGUACCUCACCCCUGGUGUCCAGAUAUACGUGCUCCUCUCCAUCUGUGUAGAUCGGUUCUAUACUAUCGUCUACCCCUUGAGCUUCAAAGUGUCAAGGGAGAAAGCCAAAAAAAUGAUCCUGGCCUCUUGGCUACUGGAUGCUGCAUUUGCAUCACCGGCUCUCUUUUUCUACAGCUCCAACGCUGAUGACCACUGCAACUUCUUUCUCCCCAGUUCUUGGGAAGGAGCUACCUACAGCAUCAUUCACCUCUUGGUAGUGUUUUUAAUCCCAGCCAUCCUCAUUCUCCUCUUCUACUACAAGAUCAUCAAGUACAUUUGGAGAAUAGGCAGCGAUGGUAGAACUGUCAGGAGGACAAUGAAUACUGUCCCAAGAACAAAAGUGAAAACCAUUAAGAUGUUCUUAAUGUUAAACUCAAUAUUUCUCUUGUCCUGGUUCCCUUUCUAUGUGACACAGCUGUGGCACCCAAAGGAGACAGACUACAGAAAGAGCUCCUUGGUCUUCCUGGCCAUCACUUUUAUCUCUUUCAGUUCUUCAGCCUCUAAGCCAACCCUCUACUCUAUCUAUAAUGCAAAUUUCAGAAGAGGAAUGAAAGAAACUUGUUGCAUGUCCGCGAUGAAAUGCUACAGAAGCAACGUGUACACCAUCACCACCAGUUCCAGGAUGGCCAAAAAGAAUCACAUUGGAAUCACAGAUACCCCAGCUCCAGCCAAAACUGUCACCAAAGACUCCAUCUAUGAUGCUUUCAAUAGAGAAGCAAAGGAAAAAAAGCUUGCCUGGCCUAUUCAGUCCAAUCCUCCCAACACAUUUGUCUAG